AUGCAGGGCUUCAACAUGGGGCGUUACGUCCCGCCAGACGUCGAAGGCACCGUCACUGGAAACAAGCUGCACGGCAAGCACCCGCAGGGAUCCCGCGCCCGUCACGGCGGCGGCGCACUCACGGUCCGCUUCGAGAUGCCCUUCCCCGUUUGGUGCGAGGGCUGCCCCCAGGAGACCCUCAUAGGCCAGGGCGUGCGCUUCAAUGCCGUCAAGCGUCGCGUCGGCAACUACCACAGCACACCAAUCUUCUCCUUUGCCAUCAAGCACCCCGCAUGCGGCGGCGACAUUGAGAUCCGCACGGAUCCGAAAAACACAGAUUACGUCGUUGUCAGCGGCGGCAGGCGGAGGGAGCCUGGGCUCAGGAGUCAGGAGGGUGAGAGUCUUGUAUCGGCGGCGGAUCUAGCGAGGGCGAGCCUAGCGUCCAUCGACGAGGCCAGGGGUGAGGUCAAGGACGAGAAGGCCAGGGAGGCCGCGUUUGCAAAGUUGGAAAAGACUAUUGCGGACAGGGCAGCUCUCGCCCGCUCAACAAGCCGCGUCGAAGAGUUGGUGGACGUGUCGGCUCGGGCGUGGGACGACCCGUAUUCCCGAAACUCGGAAUUGCGAAAGACAUUCCGUGCAGGGCGCAAAGAACGGGAGGCCAUGGCCGUCAGCGACGAGGCUCUCAAGGACAAGAUGAGCCUGGGGGACGAGGUUGUCCUUGGUCCGGAGACCGACUACGACAGGCGACUCGCCGCUCUGAUGGAUUACGGCAGUACCGACGGUGCCCGUGAAGGCGCCCGGGACGUCGCUGAGCUGGCCAUGAGCAAGCCACUUUUCAGGGAGUCGGGACGUUCCGCAAGCCCAGCACAGUCCUCCAAGCCCAGAGAGAAAGGUAGGAUUGGCGACCUGGGUGAAACGCCGCGGCGGGAGAAGCCUCGGAUGCUCAAGGCAGAUAUUUCCAAAGAAAAGACACGAGACGGUCUCAUUGGCGCGAUCGCCCUGAACCAGAGGACGGCCAAAGAUCCAUUCUUAGAAGGUCUUUGGAACGAAAAACCCAAAAGACAACAUAUCAUACCCGGACUCAAGCGAAAGCGGGAUCCUCUCGUAGAUGCCAGCAGCGACGAAGCUGCCAGGAUUUCAGCCCAUCCCCCAAAGCCGCCACAAGAAGUUUUGGCCAGGGCGGCGUCGCCCGCCUUGGUGAUCUACGACUCGGACCAAGAAUAA